CUUCGUAUUUCAAGCUUGGGCUGGUGGAGCUUCGCAAGCAAGGCCCACUGCCAAGAGUAAGGUCAACCUUCCGUCCUUCACUCUGAUCACCACAGAUGAAGACGUCGUACCAGUUCUCAAACCUUCUGGGAUCAGUCUACUCGGGCGGCAACGUCGUAUUCACACCAGAUGGAUCUUCCGUGAUCAGCCCAGUGGGCAAUCGCCUCUCCAUAUUCCACCUCACACGCAAUACGUCCACCACACUCCCGUUUCAGACUCGCAAGCCAAUCGCGAGAGUCGCACUCAACCCUAGAGAUCCUAACUUGGUCCUCGUGGCAGAUGAAGAUGGGCGAGCACUCUUGGCAGACAUCUCGCGGCGGAGUGUCAUAGCAUCAAUCAACUUCAAGAGGCCUCUCCGCGCUGCUAGAUUCAGCAACGAUGGCAAGUUCAUCGCCAUUUCUCAUGGAUCUCAGGUGCAGGUCUGGAGAAUCCCGCUGGGAGUAGGAAGGCAAUUCAAUCCCUUUGAGCUUCAUCGUACCUACACUGGGCACUCUGACGAUGUCCUGUGGAUCGAGUGGAGUAAAGAUUCGAGCUUCUUCCUCACGACUUCGAAGGAUCACACUUGUCGACUCUACUCGCGAGAUCCCGUACCUCUACCUCCCAAUCCCAACUCGGUAGGCUCUGGGCCAUCGACCACACGCUUCAGACCCAAGACCUUCUCAGGUCACAGAGCUCCGGUCAUCAGCGCCUUUUGGUCAAAUGACGAAAAGGAGAUCUACACAGUCUCGAGGGACGGCGCUUGCUUCGUAUGGCGUGGCAAGCAUCCCGAACAGAUGGACGAGGACGAUGAUGAGGUUGACUCAGAAGAGGACGAUCCAGAGCCAGUCGCUAACCAGGCUGCUCUCACUUCAGCAGCGAUGCGGUCCGGCAAUCUCAACGAAGAAGUCGCUCGUAUCGCUACAACCAGGUGGGGUCUCCUCAAGCGCAACUACUUCUCUCGGCCAGACACACGAGUCACCUGUGCUUCUUUCCACCCCGCCAGCGCUCUCCUCGUGGCAGGCUUCUCUGACGGAGUCUUCGGUCUCUGGACUAUGCCUUCCUUCGACUCUAUUCACACGCUGUCCAUCUCCAACACCAACAUCUCGUCUGUCUCGCUAGACCCAACCGGAGAAUGGUUGGCAUUCGGUGCGAGCGGACUGGGUCAGUUGCUCGUCUGGGAGUGGCAGUCGGAGAGCUACAUCCUGAAACAGCAGGGUCACUACUUUGACAUGAACGCCGUGGCGUACACUGCCGAUGGUAGCAUUGCGGCCACUGGAGGAGAUGACGGGCGGGUCAAGCUGUGGAAUGUGGAGAGCGGCUUCUGCAUUGCCACCUUCCAAGAACAUUCAGCUCCUGUCACUGCUCUCGAGUUCUCAAAGGGCGGAGCAGGCGUCUUGUUCUCGGCUUCGCUAGACGGCACUGUCCGCGCCUGGGAUCUUUUGCGGUAUCGCAAUUUCCGUACCUUCACCUCCCCUUCACCUUGCCAAUUCGGCUCACUCGCAGUCGAGGCGAAUGGCGAGAUUAUCUGUGCCGGUGGCACUGCCGAUUCUUUCGAUGUCUACCUUUGGAACGUUCAGACGGGCAAGCUGCUCGAUGUCCUGAGCGGUCACGAGGGUCCUGUCAGCUCGAUGAUGUUCUCGCCCGACGGAUCAGGCAUGCUUGCUACGACCGGAUGGGACAGGUCUUUCAGGGUAUGGGAGAUCUUCCGUCGUACUGCGACAGUCGAGCCAGUGACACUCAAUGCCGAAGGUCUUGCACUUGCUUUCCGUCCCGACGGUCUGGAAAUCUGCAUCGCGACCUUCGAUGGACAGCUGGCAUUCUUUGACUCACGCACCUCGAAGCAGACGGCUGUCAUCGAGUGUCGACGAGACAUUGCUGGGGGCAGGGCUGUCGACGACAAGGUCUCCCGUAAUGCCAACGCAGGCGGUACUGCCUUUACUACGUUGAGCUACACAGCAGACGGUAGUGCCAUCUUGGCAGGAGGCAAUGCAAACUUUAUCUGCCUCUACUCGGUCGCAGAACGAGUGCUGCUCAAUCGCUGGCAGCUCUCUCUCGACCUCAGUCUCGAUGGCACACAAGACCGUCUUGACUCGCGUCGCUUGACAGAGGCCGGAGCGGCGGAGUUGUUGGACGUGUUCCAGAAUGAAGACGAGAUGACGCCCCAGGAACGCAUCGAUCGUUCCCUCCCGGGUGCACAGUCGGGCGAUAUGGCCAAGAGGACCACCCGACGCAAAGCGCGCACCAAGGCUAUCCGCUUCAAUCCCACCGGCCGGUCCUUUGCCGCGGCUACUACCCUUGGUCUUCUAGUGUAUAGUCUGGACGCUCCUGGUCUGCUCGCCGAGGACUCCUUCGAUCCGCUGGAGCUGGAGAUCGAGCUGACGCCCGAGGCUGUGCGUUCGGCCAUGAAGAAAGGAGAUGCGCUCCUGGCCCUGUUGGGCGCGCUGCGCCUCAACGAGGGUCCGCUGCUAGCAGAGGUGUACGAGCAGGUGCCGAUCAACGAGGCGCCUCUCAUUCUCUCGAGGCUGCCUACCCCGAAGGCGUACAUUCCGCCCCUGUUGAGAUUGAUUGCCAGUCGACUGCGCCCCGUCUCCUCUUCUUUCUCAAGCGCAAGUCAUGGCUCCCCUCAUCUGGAGUUCUCCCUCCUCUUCCUCUCCCACCUCCUCACCAUCCACGGUCCGCUAAUCCAGGGCAACGCCAACGUCGGCGAGUACGCUACGGCGUGCAGAGCUGUGGGUGCGGCGCUUGCGGAGCUCAGAAGAGGGGUGAAGCGACUUGGGGAGGAUGCUGGUGCGGGGGCGAUUUGGACUUGGGAGGCAUUGCAGAGAAAGGAAAAGAGCGGGAGGGGAGUGCGGGUGGGAGCGGGGGCGCCAGCGGGGAGCGUGAGAUGA